UCGCGUAUGUACAUUGCGUCUGCGUCGGCUGUGUCGCACACACAGAGCAGUUCAUAGACGCUGUGUUCGGCGUCGUCUCGUCUGCCGUCUCGUCUGCCGUCUCGUGGGCCGUGAAGAUGGGCUCAAGCUCCUUGCGCGGUGGCUCCCAUGUUCCGCGGGACGUCCUCUCCGACAGCCCCGCACCGCUACCGCCGCCAUCGCUCCGCGCACACCCCACCGCGGCCUCCAGCGCCCAGUCCACAAGGAGACGGAGGCUGCCACAAAGAAGAGACCGAGACCUCCUGCAGUCACCCCCCCAUGAUUCCCUCCAGCAGAAUGGAGGAGCCAGCCCAGAAGUGGCACCGCCGCCGCAGCGCCGUCGUGCCGGGGACACGGGGCCCCCCACGGAGCGGCCCCCACCGCACGCCACCCCGGGCUCCAUGCACGUCUGCCUGGAGAGGCUGCAUCUGGAAGCGGACACGCGCGGGCCCCCCAACUCGGUCGACACCAGGGCCUAUGUGACAAUCUCAGACGAGGGGGAGGAGGAGGAAGAGGAGGAAGAUAGUGACUGCGAUGUGUCCAUCACUGGAAUCAUCCAACCACCUCGGCCCAACGGAGUGUUCAGUUUGCUGAGCGCAGGAGGCUCAGAGGGUCAAAGUGUCGAGCGGCCGGAAAACAACCGUCGCUGGCAAAGUCGUGAAUGCAGGGAGGGGUACGGGGCCACAGACACGCCUCAGCGUGAGGAGCGCCUGGGCUUCUUUGGUGCCGCCCCCCGUGGCCGUCAGCUCCGAGUCGGCGCCAGUGCGGCGGACGGGCGGAGUGGCGAAUUUCCGAAGCUCACCAAGGAGAUGGUGUUGGCUGUGACCGAGGCGUCGCGCGGGGAUGACCCCGAUGAGGUCGUGUCGCGACACGGCCUCCACUGCGUCACGCGGCAAGAUCUGAACACGCUGAGCGGAAUCUCGUGGCUCAAUGACAAGGUCAUCGACUUCUACAUGAGCCUCUUGUCGGAGAGCGGGAGCAGCGGCGGUGCCGUUGGCAACGGUGUCGCGGGCGGCGCCGCGCCCAUCUACGCCUUCACCACGUUCUUCUACACGCGCCUGCAGGAGGGCGGCCCCGCGGCCGUGCGUCGCUGGACCAAGCGCGUCGACCUGUUUGCCUGUCGCAUCCUGCUGGUGCCUGUGCACCAUGGGACGCACUGGUGUCUUGUUGUGAUUGACAUCUGCAAGAAGCGCAUCACCUACUUCGACCCCCUGGGCUCCAGCAACAAUGCAGCAUGCCGAAACCUCCUGCGCUACCUGUGCGAGGAGAGCGAGGCGAAGCGGGGGCGGCCGCUGGCUUCCCGGGACUGGGCGCUGCGGGGCUGCAUGGCGCCCGGGCUGCUGGCGUUGCCGCGGCAGAGUGGCAGCAACGACUGCGGCGUGUUCGUGUGCCAGUUCGCACGCAGCACCGCGCUCGGCCUCGAGCCCGACUUCGGGCAGCACAUGGUGUACUUCCGAUGGCGCAUGGCCUGGGAGAUCCUGCACGCGCGGCUCCUGUGAGGAGCGGUGGCGGCGAUGGCGGCCGGUGGAGGUGGCGGCCGUUUCGGCAGGAUGGAGCGAAAUGGAGCGCGGAGACGGGGAGGGUCGUCGAGCAGACGGGGACGUUGCGUCGACGAUCGGCAACAUUUAAUUGCGUGACGUUACAUUUCUGGAAUGGAUUUUCAGAAAUUUUUCACGGACAGCUCGCAGUCGCGCCAACGUUGGCAAGUAGUGGUGGGAACCGCUGGAACCGACGUUGAGGCAACGUUGAGGUUCAGGCUUCCGCGUUUACUGGGGCAGAACGGCCGCUCGCUCAGCGGACGUCCCGUUGCGCGACGCCGUGUGCUCGGAGCUCGCGAUGCGGAGACUUGGUCGAGCGCGCGUGGCCAGGAGGCGCCACCGUCAGCUCGGCCGCGCCGAGGCUGCAACAGAAGAGACACCGAGGCCGGGAGAGAGAGACCCGGAAACAAGGAGACGCAGUUCGAGAGAGAAGCCUUCGCGACGAGCGGUGAACGCACUGCCGCUCGACCGUGCGGAUGAAGGAGGGAGAUGUAUUCGAGAUGGAGGGACGAUGAGGAUGAGAGACUGGGAUGGACACGAAGUGAGAGGACGGGAGGCUUGCAGAGAGGCUGUGAGCGACCAGCAGGCACGUGAAGAUGGGGGCGGUGGCGGUGGCGGUGCAGGCAGUGGGGAAUGAAGUGAGGUGACAGGAGGGAGGCGAGAAGGAAGAUGAGGUUUAAAGGAGGGACAGGGGUGGUGACGGCCACCUCAGCCGACAAAGCAGUGUUUUCUUUUGCGCGAGGAGUUUGCCAAAGGCUUCCAAUUCUUCUGGAUUACGCCACUCGACUGCUGUAACUUAGACGUACGCAGGGUGUCGUGCUCGGGACGAGUUUCGGAUUUGAAAAUUUGCUAAGUUUUGCGAAUUAUAAGGACCGCCUCAUUUCUUGUGGGAAUUUCGUGUUUAAUUCUGCACUUCGUAUUUAAACGCCCCAGUGCCAAUUUCCGGACUCGGUUCGAUUUAUAACUUGGUUCGAUUUAUAAAUUAUAUUUUUCGGAGUACGCAUCGCCGCCGCGUGUUACAGGCAUGUACCAUGCGUGUGCAUAUAAUACACACACGAAUUUGGACACGGGAGCGUGCGGUGUUUCUUUUUGUUGUUGGUACGGAACAACCCCUUUGUUUUAUUAAUUUACAUCGGAAUGUAA